CACGCCCGCUUCACAAUUCAAACGAACGGCAUUUUAUUUUCACAGGAUUCGGAAUAGUGAAUGUUUAACCCAAUACCGACUUUUUACCUUUGUGUUUUGACCAAAAUUUGAAUUUUUAAGUUGUUCUGUGCCCGUCACACCAUGUCCCAUCCAUCCGACCAUGUGCUACGUCCCAAGGAAAAUACAUCUACUCGAAAGCCGGAAAUAUCAGCUGCUGUUCUCAGCUUACAAAAGAAAAACUUGCUUAUAGGAAAAAAGCCCACCAGUGAGAACGUGGCUCCUGGCGCCAAGCCCCUUCCCGGGUCUUCGGGCGCUGUGAUUAGGAGUGCGGCGACUGGCGUGCGACCGCCCAAUAAACCCGUUCAUGGAGUCUCUCAUCCCGUAGUUCCCUCCACGGGAAACAAGUUCCAGAAGCCAGUGGCGCCCCCCGUUAAAAAGUCCCCUUCGGAAUUCGUGGCUCCCGCUCCAGUGGCACCCAUAAAGAAAACCGAAGCAAUCUCAAAACCAAAACCUGCUGCUGCAGGCUCAGAAUCCUCCACAGAAUCUAGUGCUUUAGUGGCCAGCAGCUCAGGCAGUGCCACCGACAAGGAGAAAGGCAAGACUGAAACCCAGCCUCAAAAACCUAAGAAAACCUGGGAACUCAACAACUUUGAUAUUGGCCGCCUGCUCGGACGCGGCAAAUUUGGCAACGUUUAUUUGGCGCGCGAAAAGGAAUCUCAAUUUGUGGUGGCCCUGAAAGUGUUGUUCAAGCGUCAGAUAGGCGAGUCCAAUGUGGAGCAUCAGGUUCGUCGGGAAAUUGAGAUACAGUCACACUUGCGCCAUCCGCAUAUCCUUCGUUUGUAUGCCUACUUUCACGACGAUGUGCGCAUCUAUUUGAUUCUUGAGUAUGCACCCCAAGGAACUCUGUUCAAUGCUCUGCAGGCACAGCCGCUGAAGCGUUUUGAUGAGCGUCAGUCGGCCACCUACAUCCAAGCUCUCUGCUCGGCACUGCUUUAUCUGCACGAGAGGGACAUUAUCCACAGGGAUAUCAAGCCGGAAAAUCUGCUGCUUGGCCACAAGGGCGUACUGAAGAUCGCCGACUUUGGCUGGUCCGUGCACGAGCCCAACUCAAUGCGCAUGACGCUGUGCGGCACUGUGGAUUACCUGCCGCCAGAAAUGGUUCAGGGCAAGCCGCACACCAAAAACGUAGAUCUCUGGAGUCUGGGAGUGCUCUGUUUUGAACUGUUGGUGGGCCACGCGCCCUUCUACUCGAAGAACUACGACGAGACCUACAAGAAGAUCCUUAAAGUGGAGUACAAGCUGCCGGAGCAUAUUUCCAAGGCAGCCGCACACCUCAUUUCAAAGCUGCUGGUCCUCAAUCCGCAGCACCGCCUUCCGCUUGACCAGGUGAUGGUGCACCCCUGGAUCGUGGCGCACACGCAGUAAAUCUUUGCUUUCAUUUUGAGUUAUUUCCUUUUAAUUUACAGUUUUAGUUAAGGCUCGCCGCGUAAUUUAAUUAUGGCAUCUUAAAAUUUCAUUUAGACAGAUUCGAGAAGUUAACAUUUAUGAAUUAAGUUUAUUAUUAUCAUUACCAAUAAAGUUUGUGUCGUGUUUUCGAAUGCUA